AAAACAAAAUCUAUUAGUUGAAGGGAUAGAAAAGGGAGGAGGGAAAGGGGAGGGGUUGGAUAGGAUCUAAGGGAUUUAGUGAUUGUUUGGUGGUGGUGAUUAUUAUGUAGCCAACCCAAUUUGUAAGGCUGAGAAUAAUACAGAAGGGGGAUUUUUUUAAGGAUAAAUAAAAUAAAUAAAUAAACAAUUAGUUCUAAACAUUCAUUAAUUAAAAUCUUGGCGUUAAAUUCCAUUCAUUUAGUGAGAAAAUAUUGCACAAUUCCGAUUCAAUGGAUAUUUAUUUGAAUUCAUUAUUAAAUUCGAAUCGAAUGCAGUCUACUAAUAAUUGUCAGAAAGUUGUCCGACCAGAACAAUUCAACAAUCAAUUAAAUAAUCUAACAUUUUUAAAACAUAUAGCAACAGAAAGUAAAUUGACACGUAGAUCUAUUGAUGAUGAGCAUGCGUUCAACAAAGAUACUGGAGAAUCUGAAUCUAAUUCAGUUGAUUUACAAGGUAUUAUGCAAACAUUUCGAGAACAAUAUCUGAAUCAACUUACAAAUGCUAACUCAUGGGUUUUAUCAAUGUUAAAUAAUUCGAAGCAAAAAAUGAUCAAUUAUAAUAAAACGGAGCAAUGCAAUGAAGUACUGGAACAGUUAGAACAAGUUCAGACAGGUGGACAGGUAAACAUCUCAUCACAUGAUCAAUCAAGUACUGGCUCUAGUAAUGUAUCAGUUUGUAAGAAGUACACAGAAUUAUCAACAAAUUCUUCAUCUAUGCUAAAAGCAAAAUUAAACUAUAGUGAAAUACAUACUGAAAAUAAUACCUAUCAGAAAUGGAGUGAACAAAGCAGCCAUGAUAAUGAUGUUGAUGUUGUUGAUGAGUACAAUGCUGACAGUCAUUUAUUAUCAUCUGAAGAAAUUGAUAUUUCUGUAACUGAGACUAAAUCAAAUAUUGGCAGUGAUAUAAAUGAUAUUGAUGACAUUGAUGACGGAGAUGGUGACGAUGAUGACGAUGAUGACGAUGGUAGUAAUGAUAAUCGUAAUGGUAAACGUCGUAGAAGAACACGUACUAAUUUCUCAGGACAACAGUUAACAGAACUAGAAUUAGUUUUCCGUGUUAGUCAUUAUCCAAGUAUGGUUGUAAGAGAAGAAUUAGCACAGCGUUUAGGCCUGCCAGAAUCUCGUAUACAGGUGUGGUUUCAAAACAGAAGAGCUAAGUGGCGUAAACGAGAACAUACACGUAAAGGACCUGGAAGGCCAGCACAUAAUGCUCAACUAAUCACAUGUUCAGGUGAACCAAUUGAUCCAAAGGAGUUAUUAAAAAGAGAAGCGAAUCGUUUAGAAAAAAGAAGACGGAAAUUAAUUGAAAAACGUAUUCAAGCUGUCAAAAAGAAACAAACUAUGGCUAAGCAGAACCAUAUUUCAAAGAUUUCUUCUUCGACUAAAACUAUGCAGAAGAACUCCAAAUUUUCAACUAUUGGACCAAAAGGUAGUGAAACAUCAAACUCUGCUGAUGACAUGCCAUUAAGUUUAGUUUCUCCGGUAAAUCAAGUCAAAGAAUUUGAACAAAAUCAUUUAUUUCAGCAUAUCACAGUGCCACAAAACUGUAUGGAUUUAUCUUCUCAAUUUAUGUCUUUUUGUAAACAGUCCAACACUCACUCUAAUGAUAUCGCUUUAAUUCAUCCCCACCCAUUAUGGACAAACUUUCAUCUCAAUUUUCCACUGGGGGAUAUGAAUUUAUGGAAUGAAUUACAACGAAAUAAUCACAUGACCAAUCAAAGACAAUUACCUUUCCAAUCUAGUGUUACAGAACUACAUCAGUCUAAGAUAAACACUUUAAAGGAUUGUUUUAAUAAUGACAUAAAGUUAAGUAAAUCAAAUGAUUCACCAUUUAGUAUUGAGUGUAUUUUAUCCUCAACAUCAUUAUCUUCGUCAGCUUCUCAUUAA